UUCUAGUUCCAUCAGCACCUCCGGUUGGUCCUUUGUCUCAGGCGGGUAUGGAGACAAUACGGCUAUGGUUUCGCCACCUUCUCUCCUUCUAUAUCUCCGUCGCGGCUUUCGUCCUCCGCCGUCUUCUACCCACACUCCACCGCUUCCCCAUUUUCGUCCCUGCCGUCGACUCCAUCCUGUCCCACUAUUUCCGCUUCUGCAAUCUCUCCCCCUGCACCGUCGAUUUGGACGACCAGACCACCAUGCACAUCUGGGCCCCCGCCCACCGCCAUUUCCACAAGCCCAAUCUCGUCAUCAUCCACGGCUACGGCGGCAAUGCCAAGUGGCAAUUCGCGCUCCAGCUCGCCUCCCUGGCCCAAUCCUUCAACCUCUACGUCCCUGACCUCCUCUUCUUCGGCGAUUCCCGCACCCGCCGCCCCGAUCGCACGGACGCGUUCCAGGCCAAAUGCGUGAUCGAGGGUUUGAUGGGGCUGGGUGUGAAGAGGACCGCGGUUUACGGGAUCAGUUACGGUGGCUUCGUGGGGUACCGGAUGGCCGAGAUGUAUCCCGAUGUGGUGGACAGAGUGGUGAUCGUCAGUAGCGGAAUUGCGUCCACCGCCGAUCAAAGGCUCGAACACAUGGAGCGCCUGAAGAAGAUUGGAUGCAACGCCGUCGACUUGCUGUUGCCGGCGAAGCCGGAGGAUCUCAGGCGGUUGGUCAAUCUGUCUUCCCACAAACACGACCCUUUCAAGUGGGUCCCAGACGCUUUCCUCCAAGAAUUCAUCACUGUGAUGUAUAGCCAUAACAGGAAAGAGAAGCAAGAGCUACUGGAGUACUUGAUGGGCAAUAAAGAACAUGCCAUUGGUUCCGGUUUGACUCAGGAAGCACUGCUUCUUUGGGGCGACAAUGACAGAGUUUUCCCUCUCACAUUUGGACAGCAAUUGCAGCGAUAUUUGGGCACCAAAGCUAGAUUGGAAGUAUUAAAGGAUGCAGGGCAUGCGGCAAACAUUGACUGCCCCGAAUCCCUCAACUCAUUCAUUAAGGCAUUUGUUCUGCAUUCUCAAGGAUCAGAAUAAACAAGUCUGAUCUGUUUCCACGGGAAUUGAAGCUGUGGCCUGUGGUAUAUGCAUGACAGAGUGUAGUGUAAUCAACUACUGCCAUGUUUAUAUAUACCCGCCUAAGAAGAUAUAUGUUUUUUGAGCUUUUAAUUUGGAUGUAUUAACUCAGACUCCACCAAAUAUGGGCUUAGAAUCAAUGUAUUGCUUAACUUGUAAGGGCUUAAUCAACACACAUUAAUUGUUUCAUUUUACUCUCUGCUUCCUAAUGGGGGCAGGCGUGUGUGUAUAUAUAUAUAUAUAUAUACACACAUUCUAUGGAAGGAUAUUCUAUGAAAAGUUUGGGUCAAUUAGGAAUUUAUCAAGAAGUUAUUCAAGUUAGGGUUGAUGGGAUUCUCAAUAGAAUAUAUUUGGAAGUGGGGAGUAAACGUUGGGAGUACAUGUAAUAUUUUUCUAUCA